UUAACAUAAAGCUCCACUCUAAACUGUUUACGUGUUAAAUAAUGUUUAAAAUGUUUGUUUAAAAUAAACAAAAUUGGACAAAAUUUCAUAAAUAUGGAGGCGUGUAUAAACGAGCCAUGCACCAGUGGAGAUGAACAGAGAUCGUCGGGCGUCAGAGUUGUUGUUCUGAAUCUACCAGAGGACGAAGGCGAAGGUCUCGGAUUUAGAUUGACUAGGACUCUUUGGGAUCCAUAUCCUUGGGUUCGUGAAGUGACAUCUGGAGCUAGAGCAGACUUAGCAGGAUUGAGAGCUGGUGACUGCUUGUUACAAGCUGAUGGAAGGGAUUUACUGGGGAUGCCGGUAGGUCAAGUAGCAGGUUUGAUCAGAGGGGAUGGUACUGGGGGCGGAGUCACACUCCUUGUGUGGAAUUGCGGCGUUGAUCCAAAUGAUGAUCCAGAGUUGCUCUGGAGUUGUGGUGGUGGUUCCCGCGGGGAGAAAUCGCGACGUGCGCUGGCCGGAGUUCUCAAAGCUCUGUCGUGCUGCGUGUGCGCCGCCACCGCAACUAAAGCACUCACAUGCGCACGAUCACAUUUAUAUUGUGAAGCCUGUUGGAGCAGAUUAGAGCGCUGCGCUUUAUGUAGAGAGAAUUUACCAUCAAAGGAUUCUCCGUAUUCAAGGAAUUUGGUAGCUGAACAGGUAUUCGAAGCGAUCGCAACAGAAUACGAAAUAAAAGAUACGAAUAGAAGAACUUCUAAAUGUGUUUCCGCGUACACAUCACCAGAAAGAUCUCCAAAUAUAUCUCCAACUACAAGUAGAAGAGGGCAAUACCAAAUCUCAAUGAUGAAUAGAAGCAAAAGAAAUAUACAGAGUAAUGAUAAAUUCCCAUCAGACCCUAAUAUUCAUCGUACACUUAGCAACAAACAUUCUACAUUGCCAACAAUUCCUACUAAAUCAGUAGAUUAUUUAUCUGCUGGCAACAUUGGUAAUGUCAACUGCAACUGUCACAACAGAUUAAAUAGUGACGGAAGUCAACAACAAAUAAAUAUGCCACAGAUUCUUGUAGAAGAUACGGAGGUUGAUAAUAAUAAUUGUACAAUAAAUUGUAAUAAAACUAUACAACAUAAAUUAGUAACGAAGUUAAGACAGGCUUGUUCUAUGGCGGAUCUGCAGAAUACGCCAGUUUCUACAUGUUCACUCUCGAAGUCUUUAAAUAAUGUUAGCUUAGGAAAUCAAUGUUGCAACAAUGGCGGCCAUAGCAACUCUUUAGAAAACUUUAAAUCCAACUGCAUCGCAGCUUGUGAUCCACCUGUGUACGUGUUAGCGGCGCCUCAGCCAAUUUACCUUUUGACUUGCGAUCAUAUUAAAAAUUAACCUACCCACAA